CCUUUGUAUAAAAAAUACGUAAUUUAACGUGGUAGAGGCCCCUGGACUUAACUCGCAUCCAUACUUCUCAAAUUGAGCUCCAAAGUUGGCUUGACAAACACGUUGCCAGACUUGGUCAUUUUCAGGCAGUUUCCCAGUUUUGGCAUAGCCUUUUGGUCAGGUUCAAAAAUGGUCUUCUGGACUUUCUAUUGAGCUCCCAAGUACUUUAAUGUGUAGAGGGACACUUCAGCUUCAAAACAAGCCUUUUAAUCUCCAAUUUCCAUCUAGCCAAUUGUAAUAUAUGAAUCUCCAAAGUAGGCACCAUGAAACUGUUUUUACACUGAAACAACAGAUUAGGUCGACCUAAUCCUAUAUGAGGUCGACCGAAAAGUGCAUGUCACCGUGACAUGCAUGUCACCGUGACAUGCAUGUCACCAUAGCAAAGUCCUAAAAGUUUUGGGUACCAAAAAGUAAUUAAAUUUUGGGAUGGAUAGAAAACUAGACGGAUGCACAUUUUGGGGACUUUAAUAGUACCCGGCGCCCUAUUCAAACUUAAGUAGUAUGUCUGUCCCAAUUCUCAAACUUAAGUGACACCAGAGGUAUUUUACCCUUUUCUAUGCAAUUAAACCCGCAACAUACAUUCUAUGGAGACAUACAUUUUUUCUUAUUGGGCUAAGAUCAGGUGACUGGGGGGCCCUUAGUCACAUGACUAAGUCAAUCUCCACCCUUACACCUCAUUAAAAUCCAAUGGCCCAUAUUAACCAAUUUAAUAAAGGACAUUAUAGUAAUUGCAUGAUUAUUUAAUUUAUUAAUUUAUAUAAUAAACAAAGAAAAAUCAAUUUGGCCGUUGCUGCCUUCGGACUUCCGCGGUUGCCCCGGCCGGAAAAAUUUCCCGGCGACUCCUCUAACCGGCGGCGACUCUGACUCUAGCCGGUGGCGUCUCCUCUGUCCAUUUAUAUUAUUGUUGUUGUACAUUUAUUUUGGACAGGAGACAUGGGGAGAAUGAAUUUUCCUAGGAGGAGAGAGAGAGAGAGAGAUUUUCUGGUUGGAAAUUUUUUUCCGAUGACCAUCGUCGACGGAGAAAAUUUUUUCCGGCGACAGUGCUUUGUGAUGUUUUUUUUUUUUUUGCCCGAGAAAUACCAAGAACAUAGUUAGAAAGAACCACUACCCACAAACUCUUCCCAUCCCAUUUACAAGCCAACCAACAAAGUCAAAAGAAACUAACUCUAGUCGGGACAGCAGCAGGGCUUUACGUGCCACUCUAUGAGCAGCCCAGUUGACAGUCCGGGGAACUGCCCUAAAAUCUAUACAAAGAGAACAAGACUCAAGAAGAAAACAACAAUCUCGAAGAAUGGGGCCACCAAUCGCAUCCUCCACCAAACGAAGCUUGAGCUGACGGAUGACCACUUCUGCAUCGCCUUCGAUGAUAACCGGAGACAAACUUCUAGAAGUUGCAAGAGAGAUUGCAUCCCUGGCUGCAAGGAGUUCUGCAAGAUAAGGAUCCGAGAUACCAUAAUGCUGAGCACCCACGGCAAGAAGCACAUGCCCAUCCGAGCCGCGUACAACCAGGCCAGACGAGGAGCCAGCACUUUGGAGAGCAGCAUCAAAGUUGAUCUUCAAAGAGCCUUUAGGCGGGCAAUCCCAAAGAAGAGGUCUAGCAGAGGCAGGAGCACGAGGAAGGGGAGACGAGUCAUGCUGGGCAGAGAGAACUUCGCGGAUUUGGAAAGAGAAUUGGCGGGCUAACGAACGGACAUGAGGCUGGGUAUUUUCAAAUACCACUUUAUUUCUUGAUUUCCAUAUUCUCCAAAGGAGACACACUAUCUGGAGAAUAUGGGUUUGGGACUGCUCAUCUAGCAUAAUUUGACGCCACCACAGACUAAAAUUUUUCCUUGGGGCUGAGUUCAGUAAAUCACUUAAUCCCACAAAAUACCAAAGUUGGAUGGCAAGGGGGCAACGAAAAAACAAAUGUUCUAUACUUUCUUGGAACCUCCAACAAACAGGGCAACGACUUAGACAGUUAACCCCGCGGGAUUUGAGAGCUACUGUUGUAGGGAGAACCACUUUCAAACAUUACCAGAUGAAGAAUCUGAGUUUUGGAGGAGUCUCGAUGACCCACGUCUUUUUCCAAAUGGGAGUAUCAAUAAUAUGAGCCAAUGAUUUUCUAUUUGGAAUCAAUAUACCUUCUAAAGCCAAAUGAUAUCCUGUCUUGACUGAAUAAUUACCAUUUUUUGUGAAGUGUCAUACUCUGGCAUCUGGUUGAGCAGUCCGCGGAAGAGCCAUCUUACAAAUAAGGUCAACUGAUUGGGCAUCAAAACAAUAGUGGAGGCACGGCACAUGCCACUCCCCUAUUCCUUCUCUUAUAAAAAAGGACACUUGCGGAGCAGAGUUAAUGUUACCCAACCUAAUUAUAGGGCUUUCUGGCUUUAGAGCUGGGAUCCAUAGAUCAUAGAAAGCGUUGAUAUCAUGGCCAUCUCCUACUUGCCAACGUAAUCCUUGAAGGAGGAGCUCUCGGCCAUAAAGUAGAUUUCGCCAUCCCCGUGAUGGGUUGGACCCCACCCGAGCCUCUAGAAUGGACGAAGAGCUAAAGUAACGACCUUUAUAGAUCUGGCCUAACAGAGAUUCCGGGUUAGUCCAAAUACGCCAGCAUUGUUUUGCCAAGAGCGCUUGAUUAAACGCCUGAAAGUCCCUAAAUCCCAAACCGCCAUGGAAUUUACUUUGAGCUAUUCCCCUCCAUGAGACCCAAUGAAUAGGGUGUUCAUAAUUUGUAGAGGAUCCCCACCAAAACCUGGCUACUUGUCCGUUCAACCGACGACAGGUUUCUUUAGGAAAUUUAAAACAUGACAUACCAUGGACAGGCAAGUUAGUUGCAGAUGUUCUUAUAAGUGUAUCCUUGGCUGCUUUGGAUAGAGCCCUUUGCUUCCAAGCAUCAAGUUUCUGCCGGAACUUUUCCUCAAUGAAUAGAAAAGCAUCUCUCUUAGACCUUCCUAAGACGGAAGGUAACCCAAGGUAUGAGUCUUGCUCUCCGAUGCUACCAACCCCCAGUUGUGUUCCCAUUGAUUGUGCAGCAUCUGGAAGGGUAUUCCGACUGAACAUUACAGCAGAUUUGGCCAGAUUGACCCUUUGUCCACUGAGCCCUUCAUACACUUGCAGAAGAGAAAGCAGAGUUGUACAUGACGAAGACGAGGCUUCGAGGAACAAAAAGGAGUCAUCUGCAAAGAAAAGAUGGGAAACCAUCGGGCAUGUAGGUCGGAUUCGCACUCCUUCCAAGAAUCCCAUAGACACAGCCUGACUCAACAAGCCAGAGAAUCCUUCUGAGCAUAUAGCGAAAAGCAGAGGAGAGAGAGGAUCCCCCUGUCUGAGUCCUCUAGUAGGUCGGAAGUACUCGGUUGGGUUACCGUUAAUGAUUAUAGAAUAUGAGACUGUAGUAACACAUUCCUUAAUCCAGGCUAUGAACUUGGGGUGGAAUCCUAAUUCCUUCAUCAUUUCCAACAUAAAAGGCCAUUCUAUGCGGUCAUAUGCUUUCUCCAUAUCCAAUUUCAGGGCCAUCCACGUCUUUUGACCUGCAGGUAUGGUUUUCAGGUGAUGAGUGAUUUCAUGACUGACCAAGAUAUUAUCAGUAAUCUGACGCCCCUUGAUAAACCCAUUUUGGGACC